AUGCAAGUACUAUUCGUCUUUCUAUCUGUGACAUUUGCCCUGUCACUUGGGGCUAAGCUUCCGCUCGGUGGAACUCAAAAUAUCGAUAUCCAGCAACGCAUCCAAAACGGAAAUUAUGCCCAUAAAGGACAAUUCCCAUACAUUGUUUCGAUGACCAUCGGUAAGGUGCAUCGAAUUUCUGGAUGUGGGGGUACCAUCAUUGAUCACAACUGGAUUUUGACUGCCGCUCAUUGCACGCACAACUCUAAGUGGGUUGAAAUCUUCUAUGGUUCAACAAAAUAUAAGCAGGGUGAAUUUAGCCAUGUAGUUGGUUCCGAAAACAUUAUUGAGCACGAGCACUAUGAUAAUAGAACUCACGUGAAUGAUAUUGCUCUCAUUCGCACACCUCGUGUGGAGUACUCGGAGUUGAUUAAUAAAGUGUCGCUUGCCGAUCGCGAUAAUGACUACGAAGGAGCGGCGGCUGUAGCCAGUGGAUGGGGCCAAAAUGAAUAUGGUAUAGAACAGGAAAAUCUACAGUUUAUCGACUUACAGAUUAACAGCAAAAAGAACUGCUGGAAUUUCGGUAGGGAACCAUCGGACACCAUGAUCUGCGUCGGUCCAUUUGUCGGUAGAGGCGACUCCGGGGGUCCAUUGGUCACACGCGAAGAUCCCAAACUCGUUGGUGUAGCUUCUUUUCUAGAUCCAGGUCGACUAGGUGGCUUUAGUCGAGUUAGCAGUUAUCUAGACUGGAUUCGUAAUCACACUGGCCUACAAUAA